GGAUUCCUAAAAAAAAUAUAUAAUCAUUUUCACGAGGCCCCUUGAGGGUAAGUCCGCCACUGAUAACUAAACCAUAGGAUAAAUGGUAAGCCUUCUUGCGUAAACAUUUUAAUUCAUAGGUCUAUGAUGAACAUGAAAGCACUCUCAGAUAAGUUUUCAAAGUACUUCAUAAAUAUAAAAUGUAUUGCCUAGUUGAAUAAAUAGACAUGCUUCUCUGUAAUGUCUGAAAUAUGGAAUUAUGUUAGACCUCACCAUUUCUAUAUGUAUUAUGAUCAAAUUGAACUCAGUGUGCAGACAUUGAUACCAUCAUCUGGACUGUUUUACAGAGACAUUUAAAUCGAACUUGCUUCGGUAAGUUGGUACGUAUUCCUUUCAAUUUCUAACAUCUUUGGCAAUAUUCAGACACGCAGCACGACUGCAAAGAAGACCACCUGGAACUCGACCACUGUUCCUUGUAAAUGACGUCAUUACGUCACGCCUGGAAGUAGCCAGCCAAAGAGGGAGUAGUCCACUGUUCAGGCGACCGAAGCUUUUGAAUUUAGCUAGGUACUACCACUAAUAUUAACCUUGUACUAUCUAACUUACUAGCUGCUGUAGGCUAUUAUCAACUAGAUCAACAAUGUCAUUGGCAGACGAUGUCGGAUGGACAUGGUCGCCGGAGGAGACAAAGGCGCUGAUCUCCGUAUGGUCAAACGAACAGAUUCUUCAGAAGAUGGAGCAAACGUACAGAAACAAACAUGUUUACAGCGAAAUUUCGGAGCGGCUAAAGGACAUUGGUGUCAAACGGACGUGGAAGCAGUGUCAAAAUAAGAUGAAGGCCUUGAAGUGGAGAUACAGAGAAACACUGAGGAACCCAAGCAGCAGCCGACCGUGUCCAUUCUUUUCUGAACUGCACGAAUUCCUCGCCGCCAUGCCUGACAUGCCUGAGUCUAAGGAAACCGACGAUGAGGAAGAUAAUGGUCGUCCUCUUCCUCUGUCGUCUCUGCGUCUUUUGGUUCCUCCACUGCGGCUGGUGUCCGCAGCUCUAUGGCAAGUUGUUCAGCGCAGAGACACAAUGGACUACGGGUUGGUGGAGGAGUUUGUAACCACUGUGUUGGAGAUAACCCCUGAUCUGAUGAGUUACAGAGAGAAAGUCCAGCUCAUCAUGGGGCUGCGAGCACAGCUGGUUCUGGAGUUGUGUCGCUCUGAUCAUUCAGCCGACCCGGAGACCAUCCAGCCACACCUGAGCAGGAUGAGGACCUGCAUCAUCACUCAUAGAGAAAAGGAGAUAGAUACAGAGGUGGAGGCAUCAGAGUCAAACUUCUUGGAACUCGUCCAAACUCUUCUAGAUGACCCACUUGAGAGGGAACACUUCUUCCAGGAAGUUUUUCCAGAAGAAUUUGGCCCCAUGUAUGACACAGCACUGCAGACUCUGAUGUGGGAGUUCCUCUCCAGGCUGGAGAAACUGCUUCCAACACCAACAUUUCAACAGACUGCAUCCUGGCUCAGACCUGCCCCCUCUAUGCUGAAGGAGUGUGCACAGUCUGUGACUCAACCUCAGCCUUUGAAGACUCUCCUCCACCACCACAGAUGCCAUGGCCAUUUGUUCGCUAAUGGUCAUUCAUCUUGUGCUGAUGAUCGCAUCCUCUCUUCACUGUCUCACACAUUCUCAGAGAGGGUGGAAAUGGACAUUGAUGAAGCACGCUCACAUAGCCAGUCUAAAGCCACAUGUGGACCCAGAAAAGAAAGGGACACUUUGAUAGAGCAAGAUAAUGCAGAGAAGGAGCUGGGGAUGAGUUUGGACACGGUUAAGAAGGCAGUGGAAAUGACAGAUAGUUCUUCUCUCCCCAUUCUUCGUUCCUUCUAUGAGGAGAGACUGCAACAUCAGUUGGAUUAUAAUGUUUUACAGGUUGAGAUUGUAGAUGGAGAAGACAUGUCCUCAACGUCAUCGAUGACAGCAGACGACGUCGGAUGGACCUGCUGGACCCCCGAUGAGACAACGGCGCUUAUCUCUGUAUGGUCAGAUGAACAGAUUCUUCAUAAAAUGGAGCAAAGUUAUAGAAAAAAACAUGUGUACAGAGAAAUUUCUGAGUGUUUAAAGGACAUUGGUGUCAAAAAGACGACGAAGCAGUGCCACAAUAAGAUAAAAGCUUUGAAGUGGAGAUACAGAGAAACACUGAGGAACCCAAGCAGCCGACCGUGUCCAUUCUUUUCUCAACUGCACAAAUUUCUCGCCGCCAUGCCUGACAUGCCUGGGUCCAAGGAAACUGUCAAGGUUUCCGAUGAAGUCGUGUCUUUGAAUCAGGAUAUAGGGCCUGUGGAUGUCGAGUUGGAGCAUCUAAAUGAGGAAAUGGUUUCUAGAAAAGGGAAAGACGAGACCCUCACCAGAGAGCAAACAGAAGAGGGAAAGAGGGAUGAUGCUUUUUGCAGCCCUCAAAGUGACCGCAAGAUGAAAAUCCCCCCCAGAAAACUUUGUCGCAAACAGAUGGUUGAAGAUAUGUCCUCAACAACAUUGGUAGACAAUGAUACACGGACCUGGACCCUGGAGGGGACGAAAGCACUGAUCUCCGUGUGGUCAAACAAACAGGUUCUUCAGAUGAUGGAACAGAGUUACCGAAAAAAACAUGCGUACAGUGAAGUUUCAGAGCGGCUAAAGAACAUUGGCAUCAAAAGGACGUGGAAGCAAUGCCAAUCAAAGAUGAAGCACAUGAAGCACAGCUACAGACAAGCAUUGAGGAACCCAAGCAGUAGUGGCCGAGCAACCUGUCCGUUCUUUUCUGAACUGCACAACUUUCUCGCCGCCAUGCCUGACAUGCCUGGUUCCAAGGAAACUGUCAAGGUUUCCGAUGAAGUCAUGUCUUCAGAUCAGGAUGAAGGGCCUUCUGUGGAUGUCGAGUCGGAGCAUCUAAAUGAGGAAGUGGUUUCUAGAAAAGGGAAAGACGAGACGCCCACCAGAGAGCAAACGGAAGAGAGAAAGAGGGAUGAAAGUGACAGCCGAAUGAAUAUUGGAAGAAAACGGGCAGUUGAAGAUGUGUCUGAUUUGGAACUUCAACCCGUAGUGCCGCAAACCCAAAUUGAUGACAACCUUCUUGUGACAGGUGGUGAUCCUCGUCCUGUUUCCCAUACCACAGGGCAGUGUACUAAAAGAAGCAAACGUGCCAAAAUAUGCUCCUUAUGUGGGAAGAGUUUUGUUGAAGCAAAGGAUUUGACAACACACAUGAGAUCUCACACUGAGCAGAGCCCUCACCAGUGCACCCAGUGUGGGGAAGGCUUUGACCACCCGGACGACUUACAAAAACAUUGGCAGAAUGAUUGUGAGGAGAUGAUGAAACAGGGGGUCAAGGAACACCAGCAUGGAAAGGACAGGAUCUCGGGAGAGUCCAGUAAUGCAAGUACUGAUCCAAAAACAUGCCAUCUAUGCCAUGAGACUUUUCAAUUUCAGUAUAUGUUGAGAAGGCAUCUUAUUGUGUUUCACAAAGGCAGAAGACUUUUUAAGUGUCCUCUUUGUCUGAAGGGUUUUGCCUUCCUCAGUGCUUUGAAGAAACACCAGAGUAACAAAAGAGGUUGUCCUACAAGUGAAGCCGUCAAAAAAAGGAAGGAGUUAGGGUCAAAAAACCCUUAUGCCCGCAUAACUCCAGGACUUUCCUUAAAUACAAAUAAUUCCAAAACGUGCCCUGUAUGCCAUGCAACUUUUUCACAAACGUCUAGUUUGAAAAGCCACUAUUUUUACCAUCAUGCCCCAGACAAAAGCCGCUUCAAGUGUCCCCGAUGUUUGAAGGCUUUUGUAUCCCACAGUCAAAGGAAGAGACACCAGCAGAGCAAAAGAGGUUGUCGGUUAGAGAGAAGUCACAAAAAUGGGAGUAGGCCAGCAUGGUCGCUGACUCUUAGGGAAAAGAAAAAUGAGAUUCCUCAGCCUUCCAGUACAGCAACCCAGGAACCAACAACCUCUCAAGUUCCCACCACUACAGCACAGUCCUCUAAUAAAAAGACAAUUCCCAAAGCAUGUCCUGUAUGCCAGAAGACUUUUAAAUUUGAAGCAACCAUGGUAAGGCACAUUGCUUCUCACCAAAAGGAAAGUCUCAACAAGUGCCCUGACAUUUUGAAGUGUACCUUUUGUGAAGAGAUCUUUUCUCAGGGCAUGGACCUGAAGAGCCACUACAGUCGUACUCAUCAAUUUACGGGACCGUUCCCCUGCCCUUCUUGUCAGAAGACUUUUGUUUCAUUAACUGAGCUGCGCUUACAUCAGAGAAAUGAGUCCACUCCUUACCAAUGCUCAGUGUGCCAGCGACUAUUCCGAACACAGUAUACCUUAACUAUUCACGAGCGAAUUCACACAGGGGAGAAACCGUUCCUCUGCGCUGAGUGUGGAAAGGGUUUCCGGAGUGAAAAACUACUACAAUCACACUCUAAGAGUCAUGUUGAGGGAAAACCCCACUCUUGCUCCACUUGUGGGAAAAGGUUCCAGAGAAGAGAGCUAUUAAAACAACACAUGUUACAUCACAAAGAUGCCGCUUUCAUCUGCCCAGACUGUGGGAAGAAGUUUUUUCAGUUGGUAUGGUUAAGAAGGCAUAUGUUAAUCCACACUGGCGAGAGACCGUUCCUCUGUGAUCUCUGCGGGAAGGGUUUCAAAUCUACAGCUGAAUUGAGGAUACACACCCGGACACACACUGGAGAACGGCCGUUCAAGUGCCAAGAAUGUGGAAAAGGUUGUAGGCAGAAGAGUGAGCUGCAGGAGCAUCUACGGAGACACACGGGGGAGCGGCCGUAUCCGUGCCCCAUAUGCGAUAAACGCUUUUAUGUCAGCAAAGAUAGAAAACGACAUAUGCUCAUCCAUACCGGAGAAAAACCGUUCAAAUGUCAAGCAUGUGGCAUGGCUUUCAACCGUAGAACACUUUUGAGGGUACACCAAAAAAACAAGUUGUGUUUAUAUAGCCAUACAAGUCCCCUACAUUAUACACCCCUACAUUACACAUCAUUGUAAUGUUGGGGAUUUGUGGUCCUCGAUCAGUGUUUGGAUUCAUGAAAGUAAUUUGUUGUAUAUUGCUCAUUACAUUUGAGAGUAGUAAUUGUUACGUUACAUAUUACUCAUCAUAUGAGCGAAACCCCACCGAGGCGCUAUGCUCGGUGCUGAAUCCUUCAUUCACAAUCGGCAAUUGAUAGCCUAAUAUUGUCACCCAUCAGACUAUUGCGAUUUUAAACUGGUCUGUAGGCGACAUCUUUUAUAUGUGUGAAAUUAGUUUUGAUCUGCCUUUAGUCAACUGUCAGGUGAAGGAAGGGCAGCGGGGGGAAACUAAGUCCUCCUAAGCAAGGCUAACGAAAUGCAAACUACAGUGGGGUCCGAAAUGAUUGACACCCUUGAUAAAGAUGAGUAAAAAUGACAAUAAUAAAUAAUUGAAAUACUGAGCUAUAUUGUAUGUAAAAAAAAAUUAAAAAAGGGAAAUAUUAUUUUAUACAAUUGCUCACAUGAAAAGAUUUUGUUUAACAAUUAUUUUAUUUUAUUUUUAAAGGUAGGGGUCAAAAUGAAUGCCUCGCGUUCAUUGCAGAUCCUUGAUAUCCUUCGUCUGCAUUUAUGGACCGCCCUCUUCAAUUCAAACCAUAGGUUUUCAAUGGGGUUCAAUUGCAAAAUGGCAUUAUACUUGGAAAGAUGGUUUAAUCUGUGGAUAUUUGAGGCUUGAAGAAUGAUUGAUGGAUUGGCCGCUGUGGGUGAUAAUCCAGCAUUUGCAGAAAGAGAAAAUUAGGAAUAUACAGUACCAGUCAAAAGUUUAGACACACCUACUCAUUUAAGGGUUUUUCUUUAUUUUUACUAUUUUCUACAUUGUAGAAUAAUAGUGAAGACAACUACAUGUACCGUACAUGUGAGUAAAAAUAGCUAAAUAAUUAUACAUACAGUACCAGUCAAGUUUUGACACACCUACACAUUCAAAGGUUUUUCUUUAUUUGUACUAUUUUCAACAUUGUAAAACUAGACAUUGACAUCAACUAUGAAAUAACACAUGUGGAAUCAUGCAGUAACCAGCCAAGAGUGUGCAAAGCUGUCAAGGCAAAGGGUGGCUACUUUGAAGAAUCUCGAAUAUAAAAUAUAUUUGUUUAACGCUUUUUUGCUUACUACAUGAUUCCAUAUGUGUUAUUUCAUAGUUUUGAUGUUGAUGUCAAUGUCUUGUCUUGCAAUGUGAAAAUAAAGAAAAAUAUUUGAAUGUGUAGGUGUGUCCAAACAUUUGACUGGUACUGUAUGUAUAAUUAUUUAACUACAUGUACUGUACAUGUGAGUGAAAAUAGCUGUUAGUAGAAUUAUGGUUGUCUAUUAGUUUAGUGCAAUCGGGAGGGGUGGUAGGGGAAUAAAUUAAAGGGGAUUAGAAAAUAUGUAAAUAAUUACAUUUAUAUCAUUUUGAAUACUAGAAUGGUCAUGAACCUUCUUAUGAUGGUUCAAAGGUCAGUCAUAUUGGUCAGGGAGUUUGUCAACCAUGGUUUGCCAGUGCUGUGGUAAGAUAUUGUGAAGAAUUUACCUGCACUGUAUUUGUGUUAGCUAGCAAGACAGUUUUAGAGGAAUGACUCAAUUUUUGUUAUUUUUAUUAACCGUAAAUAUGCCAACAUUCCAUUCAAACAAUUUAGUCAAUCCACAGCCAUACACUGGCUGAAAUCAGUUGAGGAUAGGACUUAAGCCGAAACCACACAGUGACGCCGUCGACGAUGUCAAAAUUUGCUUGCGAGAGUAGAGCGCGUCAAUUCACAUACAUUACGUAGAGUAUGCCAACUUAAUGUCAUGAGAAUCCACAAUAAACGGUUGUAUUUUUAUGUUC